CGCGCGUUUUAUCAAUCGGCAACACUAGCCAGUAACCAGUAGGGUUCAUCUCUCUCUCUCUCUCUCGAGGCUCAUUUCACAUAGAGUUUUGAAAAUGGAAAUUAUUGGAUCUCAGAGAAGACCUGUCCACAUCGACGUCGUUCCCACUCUCCCUCUCUACCGCUCCGCUCCGCCGCUCGAAGUCAGACUCGAAGAUUUCGAGCUUUACGCCAUGGAUCGCCUCCGAGUUCUUAAAGGGAUUGCUGAUGGUUUAUCCCGUGGAAAGAAAUCAGAAGAAAUGAAAAAUUUGGCAGAUCAUCUAUGGAAAGCAAAUAUGAGGCAUCCAGACGCAUCUGAGGUUGUCAACAAGGAUAUAAUAUCCCACUUUGUUCUUCGUCUCGUGUAUUGCAGGACGGAGGACUUGAGGAAAUGGUUUCUUUCCAUGGAGACUAACCUAUUUCGUUACCGGCUUCUGUUUAAAGGACCUGAAACUCAGAGAGCGCUCAUGGUAGAAUUCAAUCUUCCUUACAGAGCAGCCAGCAAUGCAGAAUUAGAGAGUGUGAAGGAAGGCUUAAAGCAAGUUGCUCAAUCCUUUGGUCAGCCGUUAGCUGCUGAUGCGAUAUUCUACAAGGUACCGUUUGAAGAAGUUCCAGAACUUGUAGCUGGUCGAAGAGUAUUUAUCCAUAAAGGGUAUGCAUACAUCGCCAUGAAUCAGGUGGUUUCCCUUGUUGCCACACAAUUCCGUAGUCAUCUGUCAAAGGCACUCAUUCUGACAAACAGAAAGUGGACAUCUACAAUUAGAGAACAAGAGAAGGAUAGGUUGACUCCUAUUGUAGAAGCCCUAUGCUCAAGCUACUUGGGACCUGACUAUUCUCAGCCAAGGGAAUUUGCUGAGAUAUCAAUAAAGGACAUUGACCAAAUAGCCAAGAGUUCAUUUCCUUUGUGCAUGCGCCACCUUUUUGAAAAGCUGAGAGAGGAUCAUCAUCUAAAGCAUGGAGGGAGGAUGCAGUUAGGUCUCUUUCUCAAGGGUGUUGGAUUGAAGCUGGAAGAUGCCCUUGCAUUUUGGAAAGCUGAGUUCUCCCAAAGGGUUGGUUCUGAAAGGUUUGACAAAGAAUAUGCAUACAGCAUUCGUCAUAAUUAUGGAAGAGAAGGGAAGAGAACUGAUUAUACACCUUAUUCUUGUCAAAAGAUCAUCACUUCAGCUCCUGGCGUAGGAGAUCAUCAUGGAUGCCCCUAUCGACAUUUCAGUGAGGAGAAUCUAAAAGCUGCCCUUGGUAAAAUGGGAAUAAGUAACAGGGCAGUUGAAGAUGUAAUGGACAAAGUGCGAAAUAGACAUUAUCAGUUGGCAUGCACCUUGACAUUUGAAGCUGUGCAUGGAAUAUCAUGUGAUGCUGGGAUUAAUCAUCCAAAUCAAUAUUUCAGUGACAGUCAAAAGGUCCUGCAAUCAAAGGUGCACGCUUGUGCUUUGUGCUUCGUGCCUAGGCUCCAAGAGGCUUAUACCCUUAAGUGCGCUUGAUGCUUUUACCCACAUUAAACCAAUCUACAGUAUAAAGAAUUUUUGGGCGCACUUGCGACCAACAUUGAUGGAGUCCUCCCCAGUUAAAGGGAAUCUAAAAGGGAAACAUUUUCAUCGAAGAGGGGGGGUUUGAGCACGUGUCGCAACUCGAGACCAGUACCUACAAACUUGCCAAUCUAAUUGGUGUGUGUAUUUGAGAUUAAUUAAACCGAUUAGUUGGAAUUUGGAAUGACUGUAGUUAGUUUUAUGUAGAGGUUUACUCAUUAUGUAAUCAGAGAGGCAUUCCUUCAAUUUAGGAAAUAACAUGUUCUCAUUUAAUUUUAAAUUACUACUGUACUAUUACCAAACUGAAUUACAUUUUUAAAAUAAUAUUUAAAGAAGAAAACGAAAAGAAAGCGAUGGCAUGCUAUCUAUGAAAGGAAUGCAGCAUUGGUUUA